CGAAAGAUUUGUGAAGCGAAGCAGAGCGAGCAGCUAAGAUGACCCAACAAGACAGAGACCAAGCCAGCUCCCUCGUCCCGUCCCUGUUGAGUGCUUUGAGAAAAUCAAUGGUCUCUUGCCGGAUGCAUCCCCCCGACGAUGUAAUCUCGGCCGUCGCUCAUGACUUCGAAACUGGAUGGCCCACUAACGUUCAGCACAUCGCUCACGUCACUUUCGAUCGCUUCAAUGGCUUCCUGGGUCUGCCUGCCGAGCUCCAGCUCGAGAUUCCGGGUCGGGUUCCCAGCGCCAGUGCAAGUGUGUUUGGUGUCUCACCAGAAUCAAUGCAGUGUUCUUAUGAUUCAAAAGGGAAUAGUAUCCCAACCAUCCUGUUGUUAAUGCAGGAGCGUUUGUACUCACGGGGAGGCCUAAAGGCUGAAGGAAUUUUUCGCAUAAACCCAGAGAACAGUGAAGAGGAGAAUGUGAGGGAGCAGCUGAACAGGGGGAUCGUGCCGGACGACAUUGAUGUACAUUGUUUGGCGGGCCUAAUUAAGGCCUGGUUCCGAGAGCUCCCUUCGGGAAUUCUGGAUGGACUUUCUCCAGAGCAAGUUCUUCAGUGCAACACAGAGGAAGAAUACGUUGAACUUGUAAAGCAGUUAAAGCCCACCGAAGCUGCCUUGCUCAACUGGUCUGUCAAUCUCAUGGCUGAUGUCGUUGAACACGAAGAACACAACAAGAUGAACGCAAGAAACAUUGCCAUGGUUUUUGCUCCAAACAUGACUCAGAUGUCUGAUCCACUUACUGCUCUGAUGCAUGCUGUCCAAGUGAUGAACUUGCUUAUGACUCUUAUAAUGAAGACGCUCGCAGAACGAGAAGAAGCGGCAGGUUCGCCCGCGUCGUUUCAUUCAUCUGAGGAAGAAUAUGAAAGUGAAGAAGAAAUGGAUACUAGUGAUGGCGAAGAGGAAGGGGAAGAAGAGGAAGAGGAAGCCGAACCAUUAAGUGACAUUGAGGAAUAUGCUAUGUCAUUUACUGAAAGCGAAGCUGGGAAAUCCAAUUCCAGUUCUUCAUGCCAAGAAAAGUCCGAGACAUCUAGUAUUGACACGAGUAGUCCGGCGAUUUCAUAUGAAGGCACCAAUAACGUGGAAAUAAUUACUAAAUUAACUGACUCUUUGCCCGGUGCCACCGUUUGCGUCUAGUGAAGCACUUUUUUCUUUGUUUUUUUUCCCACUAAUUCAGAUGAUGUCUCUAGGAGGAAGUGUUCAUUGUGUAAAUUAGUAGACAGAGUAGGAAAUGUUUGCUUGUGGUGGACUAUGUUCAGUUUAGGGCUGACAUUGAUCCAGUUAUUUUCUAGAAGUGAAAAUUUUCGCUCUAGACACGACAGACGGGGAUGUACUACCAUAUAGGAGUAGCUUCGCGAGCGUAUUUCACAUGGGUGAAAUUCAUAGGCAUUCAGUCUUCCGGGCUUGCUUGGUAUUUGUUGUGCAUGUUAUUGUUGAUCGGCUUUAAUGGAUUUCAGAUUUCGUGUC